ACUACAGUUCUGUUUUUUGUGUGGGUUGCUUUUAGAUUCUGGCGUAGACCAUCAAGCUCUUCUCAAACAGUUUGGGCAUCUGAACCAUCACAACCCUCACACUUUUGAAGUUAAAGAUUUAGACAUGCUAAUCAAAACUGCUACACAUGACUUAGAAAACUAUGACAAUGACCGUCAUGAGGAGUUUAAAAAGUAUGAGAUGAUGAAAGAACAUGAAAGGAGAGAAUAUUUAAAAACACUGGAUGAAGAAAAGAGACACCAAGAAGAAGCAAAAUAUGAGGACCUGAAAAAAAAGCACAAUGAUCACCCCAAAGUUAACCAUCCUGGAAGUAAAGACCAACUGAAAGAGGUAUGGGAGGAAGCAGAUGGCCUAGAUCCUAAUGAUUUUGAUCCAAAGACUUUUUUCAAGUUGCAUGAUGUCAAU